AUGAAAAUUGAUCGAUCGAAAUCAAAAAAAGAUCUAUCAGCACUACCGGUUGAUUGUAAAUUAUUUAUUAAUAACUUAAAAAGUUGUAAUCGAACAGAACUUCAUGAGUUAUUAAAAUCAAUAACUAUUUGGCAUCUUGGAAAGUGUACACUGUAUCAUUGGAGUGAUGUAUUAAAUAUGUUCGAUUCAAUCUUAGAAGAAGCUUGUAUAAAAUCUGGGACAUGGAUGCUCAAUUGUGACAAAUCAGAAAAUGAAGAGUUAAAAAUCUUGGUACUUGAUAUUCUUCGUUUUACUGCAUUAUUAAUUGAACAUACAUAUUCUCGUGAUUUGUAUAAUUCCAUUGAAUAUUUAACUAUAUUAUUACAAUCAUCUGACGUAAAUAUUGUACUUGGUGUUCUUUCACUUCUAUAUGUAUUCAGUAAACGUUCAAACUUUAUCACAAGACUUCAACUUGAUAAAAAACAAGCAUUAAUUGAACGAAUUACAUUCUUAGCAGAAACUUGGGGUGGACGUGAGUAUGGUUUCAAUUUAGCUCGUUGUUGUACUGUUCGAAACCCUUCAGAUUUUCCUGAACAUGCAACAAAUCUACAUUUUGCAUAUACAGUUCCUUCUGAAUCAUCAUCAGCAAUAAAUGAUCCAACAAUUCAAACUCCUAAACAAAUAGAAAUUCCAAACGUUCAUUUAGCUGGACCAAAUGCUGCUGCUGUUAUGGAAAUAGUCCUUGCUCAACAUACAUUACCUGAAGAUAAACAAAUGAAAUUAUUCACUCAUCUUCGUUUAGCUUAUGCAUUUCCAUCAUUUGAUCAACGAUUACUAUGUAUACAAGCACGUUUACAAGCUUUAUCUAUUCUAGUUUAUUCUGGAGCAAUACAAGACACAAAUAAUAUUUUAUAUGAUGGUUUAAUUGAAGAACUUGUUGAUGUAUUCUAUGUUCAAGAUUUAACAUUAACAGAUGUAAAAGCAUCCGUUUUGACAACUUUAACAUCAAUAAUUCAUUUUGAACAAACAACAAAACAUCCACCACGCUUACAAGAAAUAAUUAAAGCAACACAAGUAAAUUCUUAUCAUGGAUUUUUGACAGCACUUGUACGACAAUGUAUUGAUAAAUUAACUGAUGAUAGUAAUGAAAGAUUUUCUCAAUCAUUUUCAACAGCAUUAUUUUCAUUUCUUUAUCAUUUGGCAUCACAUGAAAAAGGUAGUAAUGCAUUAGUUAAGUGUAGUAUAAUGCAAUCAUUAAUUAAAGUUGUUAAUUAUUAUGAUGAAUCUCAAGAUUUUAUCAUGUUUGUUACAAGAGCUGUACGUGUUAUUGAUUUAAUAACAACAUUAGAUAUGACAUCGUUUCAAACAAAUAAUGGUUUACAAGCAUUUAUAAAUCGUUUAGAGCAUGAAAUAACACAAUGUCGAAAAGAACAACCAUUUAUAAUUCGUAUACCAAAAUGUAAUCAAGGUACACCAACAACAAAUCUUGAUACACAUCCUUCAUUAUCUCCAAGUGCUCAAUCAGAUAUCUCAGGUGAACAUCCAUCUGUAACAACACAAAAUUCAACAGUACAUUUAUCGAAAGAUAUGGAUACAAGUGAAUUUAUAGAAGAAAAUUAUGAUUCAAUACCACAAAAUCGUAUUCCAGGUUUAACAUGUUAUCAUCAACGUGCUGCAUUACUUAAAGCAAUAUUAAAUUAUUUAAAAAAAGCUUUUACUCAACCAACAAUGGUUGAUACAAAGCGACAUAUUAUGGAUGGUUCAUUACCACAUUCAUUAAAACAUAUAAUAAGUAAUGUAGAAUAUUAUGGUCCAUCAUUAUUUCAUUUAGCAACUGAUGUUAUUACAUCAUUUAUAUUUCAAGAACCAUCACAAUUAUCAUCUUUACAAGAUAAUGGUUUAACUGAUGUAUUAAUGCAUGCACUUCUGAAAAAAGAUCUACCAGCUGCACGUGAUGUUUUAGCAUCAUUACCAAAUAUAUUUAGUUCAUUAUGUUUAAAUACACGUGGUUUAGAAAAUUUUAUAGAAUAUAAACCAUUUGAUAAAUUCUUUCGUAUUUUUUUAAUAUCAAAAUAUUUACCAACUAUGAUACGAAGACGCGGAACAAUUUAUGGUACAGCAUCAAGUCUUGGAACUGCUAUUAAUAAAUUUAUAAUACAACAUGUUAGUUUACGUACAGAAGUAAUAAAAUCAAUGAUAACAUUACUUGGACAACUUGUUGAAUUGGGUAAUAAUCCACAAUAUUCUUGUCAAAAAUCAGAGUCAUUGCCGUUAACUAUAACAAAUAUAAAUGUAGAAGAAAAUAAUAGAGAUUCAUCGGUUGAUGAAGAUGAUGAUGAAGAUGAUAAAACAUUAUCAAAUGAAAAUAAAUCUGAAGACGAAACAGUUUCAGUUGCUGUACCAUUACUUGAUUAUUUAAAAAAUAUAAUGCGUUUUGUUGAAUGUGUUAUUAGUAAUAAUCCAACAGAUGAUCAUGCAAAAGAAUUUGUUAAAUUAGGAGGUUUAAAAUCUUUACUUGAUAUUUUACAAAUGAAAAAUUUACCUAUUGAUUUUCCAUCAAGUAAAGCUUGUCAAUGUGUUGCUGCACUUUGUAAAUCAACAUUUACUCUUUUACUUAACGAUGAUCAAUUAAUUGAAAUAAUUAUACCAAAUCUUGAUACAAUAUUAGAUAUUUUAAUAGAUUUUUGUUUAAAUCAACGAUACGAUAAUUUAUUAUUAAAUAUAAAAAAAAUUGAUAAAAUUGAUUUUAAAUCAUCUUCAUUAUCAAUCUUAUUACUUAUGUUUGAACAUCCAAUGUUGAAUAAAAAUAUUCAAUUAAUUGAUAAACUAUUUAAAUUACUUUCAUUAAUUUCACAAUCAAUACCUACAAAUAAGAAAUUAGUUAGUUUAGAUUCAUACAUAAAUUUAGUUAGUAAGAUAUUAAUAUCGAAAUCAUAUACUCAAGAUGGUCUAGAAUUUGCAAUUAUAUUUUUAUUAAAUAUAUCAGAAAUUAAUCAAGUGACAAGAAAUAAAAUUUUACAUUUAUUAGUUAAUCAUAUUGGUUUAUUAGCCAAAGAUGUUAGUGAAGACAUUAAACAAUUACUUCGGGAAGUUGAAAAUUAUUUAUCUCAAAAGAAAUCCAAUAUUCCAAUGACAACUAAUGAUCAAUUAUAUGACUCAUACAAAAAUAUUCGUAGUAAUUCUAUCACAUUCAUGAAUAUUGAUUCAAAUCCUAUACAACAAGAUUUUCAAUUACCAACUAUGAUUGUAUUAACAUCAAAAAAUGCUAAUCAAAAGUUUUUAUUACGUAUUCUUAAAGUUAUUAUACAAUUACGUGAAGCAACAAAAAGAGAACAACUUGAUGCUCGAAGAUGUUUUGAAACUGAUGUUCAUAAAUUAACACAUCUUCUUGAUACAUUACGUCAAUCAUUACGUUCAUAUUUUCCUCCAUCAGAUAAUAAUUCAAUAAAUCAACAAAACGAUAUACUUCAACCACCUGAUGAAUUAGCUAAUUGUUUAGAACAAAUACGUACACGUUUACACACAAUUUUAAAUUCCAAUACAAUUGAACAACGUCAACAAAUCUUUUAUCAGCAAGAUAUAUAUAAUUUAAUACGACAGUUUGAAUCAUUAAUUAAAGAUUUUCCUCAACCACCAUUAUCAAAAAUAAUGAUAACAGGUAUUAAUGAUUUUUUACAAAUAAAUCCACCAUUAAAUCCACAAAUAUAUGAACCAAUGGAUCUUGGACAAUUUCUACCAAAUCAACAAACAAAAUUAAGUGAUUUAUUAAAUAUAAAUCAAUUGUGGGAUUCAUUAAAUGAUUGUUUAUUAUCAAUAGCUAAAUUACCUGAUCCACAUGCUGUUUUAGUACUUCAAUCAACUGUUGAAGCUUUUUUUCUUGUUCAUACUGCUGAUUUAGAUAAUGAAAAUGAAAAACAAAAGAAAAAGAAAAAAGAUCGUGAAACACGUGAAGCAUUAUUACAUAUAGAAUGGUUUGGUUCAGCACCAACAACAACAACAUCAACCAAUGAAUUACCAUUAGAUGCACAACAAUUUGUUAAAUUUGUUCGUACACAUCGUAUGCGAUUAAAUCAAAUUUUACGUCAAAGUACUCAACAUUUAAGUGAAGGACCAUUUCAUAUAUUAACUGAUUAUACAUCUAUACUUCAUUUUGAUGUUAAACGGAAAUAUUUUCGUCAUGAACUUGAUCGUUUAAAAAAAAGUAUACAUGGAGGAGAUUUAGCUGUACAUAUUCGAUGUAAUCAUGUAUUUGAAGAUUCAUAUAGAGAGUUAAGUCGACGUACGCCAGAAGAUUGGAAACAUCAAUUUAAUAUUGUAUUUGAUGAUGAAGAAGGAGAAGAUUCUGAUGGACUUUUACGUGAAUGGUAUUCACUAAUAACACGUUCAAUGUUUGAUUCAAAUUAUGCUUUAUUUAUGAUAAUUCCAGGUGAUCGUAUAACAUAUAUGCCUAGUUCAUCAUCACAUAUAAAUACAUGUCAUUUAAAAUAUUUUAAAUUUAUUGGACGUAUCAUAGCUAAAGCUAUAUUUGAUAAUAAAUAUAUAGAUUGUCAUUUUACACGUUCAUUUUAUAAGAAUAUACUUGGUAUCCCUGUAUGUUAUACUGAUAUGGAAUCAGUUGAUUUACAAUGCUAUAAAAAAUUAGUUAUGUUAUUACAAAAUGAUGUUGAACAAUUAGGUUUAGAUUUAACAUUUUCAUUAGAUGCAAGUGAAUUUGGUGAAAAUAAAGUUAUUGAUUUAUUGCCAAAUGGUUCACGUAUUGUAGUAACAAAUGAAAAUAAAUAUGAAUUUGUUCGUCUUGUUUGUCAAGAAAAAAUGAUUGGUUCAAUAAGACAACAAAUUAGUUCAUUUUUAGAUGGUUUCUAUGAUAUUAUACCAAAAAGUCUAAUAUCAAUAUUUAAUGAACAAGAAUUAGAGUUAUUAAUAUCGGGUUAA